AUGAAAUAUAUGCCAUUCUUUAAAUAUCUAUAAUGAUGAUGAUGAUGAUGAUGAUUUACAUUUUGCUAUAAAUUUAUAGCAAAAUGUAAAUAAUAAUAAUUACCAGCUUAAGCUGGUAGCUGUGUUUUGGAACAUGGUAGCUGGUCAUAAGCUGGUUUUUGGAAGAUGGUUACUGCAGCUUAUGACCACCUGAAACUAGCUACCAUGUUCCAGCCUAAGCUGGUCUCUGAAGGCUACUGUUAGAUUUCAUUUACAUUUAUCAAACUUUUAAUUUCUCAGUCAAUUUGACCAAUUUGCUCAAACAUUUACUACAUGGGCUCGAUUAUUUAUGUAGGACUGUAUAGGCUCUUUGAAAUGUUUUUUGCUUACUGGUCAUUUCACUCUGUUCCUGUAUCAAAUCAACAUCAAACAAACAAAACGACACUAAAUCUCCAAUACAGCACACCCGCGGACAGAUAAUAUUCUUGUGUAAUGUUUACCUUGAACUACCUAGUUUCUUCUUCUAUUCUUGUGAGCAGCAUCAAGUUUUUCAACAUUCUUAAAAAAAAAAAUCGUCGUCACAGGUGUUAGCACCUCGGCAGUGACGCGCGCAUGUUGUCUGACAGGAGUGUAGUUUUACUCAUUACCUGCGCCAGUCAAGCACCUCUAAGCGAGUCGAGAAGAUCCAGCUGGAAUUAUUGAAACUGGAGGCAUGGAUGAGGAAGCUCAGGACAGCGAGUGCCCGGUCUGUUACGAGAGUCUGUUGGACAGCGCCAGGACGCUCAGCUGCGGACACCAGUUCUGCCACGACUGCUUAGUGCGAACCUUGGUGAACACCAGCCCAAGCGGACCCAUUAAACGGGACAAUAUCAUAUGUCCCGUCUGUAGACACCUUACAUUCAUCACAAAGCUCCACGGAUUCACAGUUUCAUUUGUUGAAGCCAAAAAGACUGGAAAGACCUUGGAGGUGUCAUCGCUGCCCACUCCUGUAUUCCCUGCUGGGGGCUCCCAUAGGCGAGGUCUUGCCUGUAUCUGCAGAUGUCUAAGAAGGAUUUCAUGCAGACUGUGUAGAAGAAGACUCAUCUGUCCCAGAGACAAUUCAGAAAUGUUCAUCAUAAGUGAGUUUGGUCGACCCAUGGCAGAGGGAGAUGUUAUUGACAUUGGGACAAAUUCAGUCAUGCAACAGAACUACAACAGUAAUGGACGCAGGGUUUGCACCAUCUCCUGUUGCCUUCUGAUCUUAAUGAUAACUUUCACCUUACUGGCAUUGGUGGCCGCCACACUGCCAUGGGUUCUGUUGGCUUAAAUGGCACUUUUACCAAUUUAAACUAGUUUCAUUGGGUACCUCAAGCAAGAUCCACUGCUUUGAGACAUGUAUUGAUCGUUUGCUUUGUCCUGGACAGCCUUGAGCUAUUGAAAAAGAGACUGGAUUCACAAGACACAAUGAAUGUUUUAUGAAGAACAUGGUUUUUAUUUCCAAGGCUUUUUCUGGCAUCAAAACGUUUAAUUUACAUUGAUGUGCUACAGCAUAGAUGAUUCUCAAAGCUGCUACAGAAGAAAAACAUUGAAGACACUCUUGAGCCGAUCACGGCUCUCUUAUGAAGUUACUGACACAGGCCAUUUGAACUUGGCGUAGCGAAGAUGAGCUGGUCACCUGGUUGUCACUUGAUCUUGGAGAGACCAUUGUGGGAUUCAGUUACAACAACCAAGCUCACACAAAGUUUGAGAAUGAGGAAAGGGUGCGAUGUAACUUCAGUGAGCUUUUUUUCUUCUGCUUGCAUUGCUUGAAAGGAAUGAAACACACCCUCACUCAUCCAGAAAUUCUUGUUGCACAGGCUAGAGAACUUCUUCAGUGAGUUCCAGCCCUUAAAUGACUGAAAGUUCACAUUCUGCUCAAGUCAGGUGUUGUUUCUGUGACGUAGCUCUACAAAAAUGCUGUCUCAGUGUAGAAACUCAGCUGGACAUAUUUCCAGUAGCAGUUUUACUUAUUGACCAGUGUGCCUUUUCAUUGCUCAGGAGACUUAAUGGAAUAUUGCGGGUUUAAAGUGAAUCUCAAUCAACAGCAUUUGUGGCAUAGUGUGUAUUACCACAAAAAUCAAUUUAGACUCGUCCCUCCUUUUCUUUAAAAAAGCCCCAAAACCUGUGUUACAGUGAGGCAUCUAUGUUAACAUGAUUUUAGAGUGAUAAAAUCACUUACUAACCUUUUCUGUGUAAAGUUAUAGCCAAUUUUACAACUUUAUUGCAAUGACGAUGUAUUAAUCCUAAUACCCUUAAAUGACUGUAAAAAUGUUGAUUUAAACAACUUUACAGCUAAAAUAAUUAAAGAGUUUUAACAUAAGAAUAAAUGUAAGUGCUUUUAUUAAAUUAUAAGCAUCACAUUUCUGCAUUGAAACCCUCCAAAAUUUGGCCCCAUUCACUUCCAUUGUAAGUGCGGGACAAGUCAAAAUGCAUUUUUGUGGCAAUCAACAUUAUGCCACAAAUGCUGUUGAUGGAGCUUAACUUGUAAUGAACCUAGAAUAUAAGUAUCAACUUUUUCUCAGAUGUUUCUCCUAAAAUUCCUUAGGAAAAAUGUAAUUUGUAUACCAUACAUUAUAGAAUUUAAGGUAAAGUUCCAGGAAGAAUUACAUGAAAAAUGUUUGAGUUCAUAAUGCAAUCUCUAAACUCUGUCUUGGCAAAUCUGAGCACAGUUUGGGACAUCACUGAGACCUCGCCGUAGUAAACAAGUCGUAAUAAUAGGUACGAGAUGGCGACAUUGUUAGAAAUUGUACGAAGUGGCUCAUAAAAAAAUUUGACUUUUACUCCAAAAACUAACCAAUGAAGUUUAACCCCUAAGCCAAACCUAAACCUAACCAUGAUUUUAAUAGGAAAAUAACAGCACAAUGGAUAAAGGACACAUUGGUGUUUUGAAAGAAACGAGGGAAGCGUUGGAAUUACAUUUCCUUUCUUAAAAUGAAGUGUUGGAUUGGAGGUUAGCUCAAAUUGAAUGCUGGUAUUACUGUAUCAAUUUUAAAUUCUGUUUGUUGAUUGGUUGGCCUCUAUGGGAAUAAAAGUUGUACCUUUUCGCAUGAGCCAAGUCGUACAAUAUUUUACAAUUUCGCUAUCUUGUACUUAAUAUUAAGAGUUGUCAUGAGACUAUGCUGGAAAAAGACUUCCACAAAACUCUAUUUUGAUAUCAAAAUAUCAUCUCAAUUCUUUUUUGUGGGUUGAAACCUACUUAAAAAAAGCACAGGGUGACACAUAUAAUCUCUUAUAAAAUGUAAGGAUGUAAACAUUGUUAUAAGAACAAAACAGUAUAAUAUAAGGAACAACACUUUUUAAAGCACACAAGCAAACAAAGGCACUUAAACCAGGAGUAUUACAAAUGUAGAGUUUAAUAUAUAUCUAUGCAUUUCUGACAUUCUGAUAAGGACUGCGGCAGGCUUCAUAGUACACACUGUGUUCAUCCACUGAUAUGCUAAGCUGAGGAAGGUGUGAUUUACAGGCAGAUCUGUACAUUAGUUGGGUAAGCAGGGAUGGAGAGGGUUGUACAAUGUUGAAUGUGCACUCAUUUAAUGAACUCAUCACCUUUGAAGCACCUGUUCACACAUCCCUGGUUCCUGUCUUCAUCUCCCUUGUUUAUUAGCUGGUAAUGUUUUAAUAGAAACACACACCUGAUUAUCUAUAGGGAAUAACUGAAUACAUGCUAUGUUUUGUCACACCCGUUAUGUCACAUCUGAUCUUCACAGGAUGAUGUAAAAGGGUACUAACCACCUGACAGGUAUUGAGAAAUAGAUGUGUUUGAAAUCAUCGGUUCAAUUUGUCUCCGUUAUUAUUGUUUAAAAAAGAUUAAUGGUUUCUUUUUCCAUUCUGCUCUGGAUAUUUCAUUUCAUGUUGAAAUAAAUGAAGACAUAAAUCCAUCUUUAUACAUCUCUUCUUUAUAAUGAGUGCAUUUGAAGACCUGUCAUCAUAUUAUCAUUCUCCUGGACUCAAAACGCAAGUCUGUAGGCCUGUACAGAUCUCUGCAGAUUUCCACAUAAGAUCAUCAUUCACAAAGUUCUACACUUCUCCCACUUCUUGUGUGUUGAUUUAAUAAAUACAUUUAUAAAAUAAGAGUCUGUUUAACACAUUUUUCCAUUUAAAUGUAAAUGUCUGUUAAAUGUAUGCAAAAUUUACCCCAACCAGUCCAGAAAAUGCAAAAAAAAAAAACACUGUUAAAUCUCACAAAAACAUUAAACCCAAAAUCAACCAAAAUCAAAAUCAAUCAAAACAAUAAAAUACAAUAAAAAAUAAACAAAUUUAUAGGCAAUGCAAUACAAAA